AUGACUCAAGCAAGUAUAUUGGAAGUUACACCACUCGCGGACCAGCCUUUUGGGUGUAUGGUCAGCCUCCCCGACUAUUGUGAUAACGAUCCCCUGAAAUUGAAUGAAGACGAUUUUAAAAAGUUGUUUACUGCUGUUCAUACACAUUUGGUGGUAGUUGUUAAGGAUCAGGCCAAAUUAAGUCCAAAAUCACAGUAUGAGCUAACCAAGAGAUUUGACCCGACUAUUCCUGAACCAAAGCAGGAAGGAUUUGCAGGAUAUGGACACGGUAAGGAGUUCAGACAUGAACAAUCAGUGUUGAGAAAGGACGGUACUACGGUUAAAUCUCAACCACAGGUUCAAAUUUUGGGGCAAGGUACUUUUGAAGCCAAUGAACCUGGGAACGAAAAUGGAGAGGCCAUUUCGCUAACUCACCCUUCCCAUACCACAUUCCACCACACACCAUUGACCCAAGACGACAUUAAGAACCAACACAAAACUCGAUUCUACAGAUGGCACAUUGACUCGGCGUUGUAUGAUUUGUUGCCUCCAGUAGUUACGACAUUAUUGGGGAUCAAAGUUCCUCCUGCGUCAGAGAUGCAAACUAUCUCAUACGAAGACUCGGAUGAAGAAUUAAAGUUGGCACUGGGUGCAACCUGUUUCUUUAGCGGUCAACAAGCCUAUGAUAGGUUAUCGGAUGAGGAAAAGCAGUUUGCCGUAAACACAACUGUCGAAUAUCCUCCCCAUCCUUAUAUAUUUAUUUCUCCUGCUGGGGCCACCUCCGACGGGUUGACCAUGGUUUCUGAGGGCAAGGAACUAGCCUUCGAUAAAAUGCCAGAAUGGGAACCAGAAAAGAUUAAGCGUUUACCAAUGGUUUGGACAAAUCCUGUGACAAACAAGCACCAUUUGCAGGUACAUGGCUGUUGUUUGUACAAACUACACACCAAAAGUCCAGAUGGGACUACUAAAACUUUAGAAUUAGAAGAUGCUCGGAAAAAGGUUCAUUCUAUGAUGAGACCUGCUAUUUCUCCUUCCAAAGUUUUAGCUCAUGCCUGGAAUGAAGGAGAUUUAGUGCUCUUCUAUAACAGAGGUGUAUUGCAUAGUGUUACCGGUGAACUUAAAGGAGUUAAAAAUGGAAAGGACGAAAGGAGAUUGAUGCACCAAUGCAAUAUUGCUAGUGGUAUCGAGCCGGUCCUUGUUCAGUAG